ACGCGGGGCGGGACGAGACGGAGCGGCUGCGGCGGGCGGGAGCCGCUGCAGGGGCCGUGGCCUUCGGCGGAGCCCGUCCAGGCGCCUCCCGCGGCCUGGCAGGCCGGGGCAGUCCCUUUGGCUCAGGCCCCGGAGUUCAUGCAGGGUCUGCUUGUAAAAACUUGUGUUUGGCCUCCUGCACUCCCCGGCUGCCCCGUUCCGUGAGUCCCGCUGGCGUUCGGCCUCCUGGCACCGCAGCUUGCAGAGACGGGGAGCGAGCUUCCCAGCUAGGCCCAGGCGUGCGGUGAGAGAGGACAGAGCCUGGUGACGACCCCUGCGGAGGAGAAAGGGCAUAAUCUCCUCUCAGAGGGAUAUUAUCAUCUGAACUGUGAUACCUGCUGAGAGACUGAAACAUUUACAAUCUUCGAGGGUCAUUCCUCUGACUGCCUACUAUAGGUGGCAAAGAAAUCUAAAAAUGAGGGUGGCAACUUUCCACUUGCUGUUAGUCCAGUUUUGUGCAGCCUAAAGUUUAUUUGUGAAGAAAUGGCCUCCAGCCUUGGAAAUGAAAAGAGUGUGAAUCCUGUGCUCAGAAUAAGUCAGCUUGAUGCUCUUGAACUAAACAAAGCCCUGGAACAACUAGUGUGGUCCCAGUUUACCAGCUGUUUUCAUGGAUUUAAACCAGGGGUGUUGGCUCAUUUUGAACCAGAAGUAAAAGCAUUUUUAUGUCUUAUAUUAUGGAAAUUCACUGUCUAUUCCAAGAAUGCAACUGUGGGACAGGCUAUUCUCAAUAUUCAAUACAAGAAUAACUUAUCUCAGUCAGAGAAAUACCAACCUCUGAGCAAACACCAGAAGUUAUGGUAUCUUAUUUUCACUGUUGGUGGAAGAUGGUUGGAAGAAAGAUGUUAUGAUUUAUUUAGCAAUCGUCAACAGCAAUCCUUCUGCAAAAUUAAGAGCUAUAUAGGUUUUGGAUCUGGACUUCUUAAGCUUUGUGGACUUGUAAAUUUUCUGAUUUUUCUUCGGAAAGGAACAUUCGCAACACUUACAGAACGCAUUCUAGGAAUUAGGUCAGUUUUUUGCAAGCCGCAAAAUGUUCGUCAGAUAGGAUUUGAAUACAUGAACAGGGAACUCUUAUGGCAUGGCUUUGCUGAGUUUUUGAUAUAUCUGCUACCACUCAUUAAUGUACAGAAACUGAAACUUAAAAUUUCCUCGUGGUGCUUGCCUAUCACAGGUCUUUCCAAUAGUGAAAACACAUUAGCGGCUCACUGCAGGGAAUGUUCACUAUGUGGGGAAUGGCCUACCAUGCCGCAUACCAUAGGCUGUCCACAUGUUUUUUGUUACUACUGUAUUAAAAGUAACUUUUUAUUUGAUAUGUAUUUUACAUGUCCUAAAUGUGGCUCAGAGGUACACAGUCUUCAGCCAUUGGAGUAUAAAAUUGAAAUGACAGAAUUGCAUGGCUGAUAUGGGGUUGAUUUAGUUUUCAUGAUAUAUAUUGAAGAGAUUAGUGGAAGAAUUCAGAAAUUAUUGAAGGCAGACUGCUGAAAGAGGCUUUUGGGGACUCUGUAAUUUAUGUAACAUGUAUUUUUACUGGUCUUAGGUUUUUAUUGAGUAACAGUGCCAUAAUGCCCUACCUCACUUGGCAGGUGAGGGGAAGGUGGUUGGAUUUACUCUGGAUGGUGUGUGGGAGAAACAACAACAACAUUCUCAGGAGGUUCAAGAAGACCUUUUACUUGCAAACUUUAGACCAUUCCAAUUGAAUAAGGCACUUGGCAAACUUUGACUUGGCAGUCUUUGACUUACCCAGACACAGUGCCGUUACCAACUCACCUAGUAGAUGGAUUAAGUGGGAAAGAUGUUCUUUUCAUGCCUAAAGAAUAAUUUUAAAUUUGAAUUCCCAAUAUGAUGUUACACUAAGAAAAUACAAAGGUAUAAAGAAUGUUUAAGGAAAACAGUGCACCUUCUAGACCUUUGUGAGACGACAGCUAAUUUUCUCAGGCAGACGUGUCUCUGAGCUUCAGUUACAUAUAUAUGUCUGCCCUCAGAACCUGAGGGGUGAAACCCAUCAUCCAUUGGAAUGUGGCAGAAUGUUCAGGGUAACCCACGUUCUUUUGAGUUAGAAACACGGUAGAGAACUGUUCACUCACAAGAUGCUGUCUAUAGGAAUUGCCACUCACGGUUUUUUUGGUGUGGUCUAGAUGGGUGCCAAAUCUCAGAGUUCAUUUCCACACAGAAAAAGAUCGAACACAAUUAUGUGCAUGUUAACAUAUUCAAAUAGGUAAUUUGCAUGCUUUUUGCUUUCGCUAUUUGCUUUCUUAGUUGCCUUUGUAAUGUUUUAAUUGUUCUAACAUUUCAUCCAUUUACACUUCCACCUGGUAUUAUAGGAUUAUUUUCUUUUUAAUUGCAAUCCUUUUUUAACAGGAAGAGUUAUUCAGAAGAGUCUCAUUAACACAAAAAUACAUUAUGUCUGCUUUUGAAUCUUAAUUUGUCAAAAACAUAUACAGUUAAAUUAAAUAAAUAGCUUUAUGGUGGCUCUGUUCUUGAUUGGCAAUCAUCAAUAGUCAGUCCCAAAAAUAGCAGGGUAACAGCUGAUUUGAGUAACCUUGAUCUACUUUUAUGAAAUGGUUUAUUACAUUCUUCAUUCUACAUUCUGAUUAGAACAACCCACUAGUCUAUUUGUUUGAAGAUCUUAAAUUCUAGGUUUUGAUCUUUAGAGUGACACACAGUGCUUUCAUCUGAUGUAAUUAGAUAUAGUUAGCGGGUGGGCAGCCAAAAACUUCAUUAAUUCUGCUACUGUUCUGUGAGUCAACAGAGACUUCAGAGCAAGUGCUUCCAGAUCCUGUGCUGCAAUAUUAUUUGUUGUCAAAUGUGUCUAUUAGUAGCCUGCCAUAUUUCUGUUAUUUGCUGCUGCAAUUAGAACCAGCAGGUACAAACCUGUUGUUAUUAGAGUAUGAAAACUGGCAAGUCGUUUGGAGAGCAUCCUGAAGUUACUUCUUGAUCCUAAAGGAAUUCUGUAUGAAUUGUCCUUCCACAUCACUUAAUAGCUUUUCCCAAAGAAAUGUUUUAGCAGCACUGACUUCAAGGUGAUCUAAUGUCUCCAGAAACAUCAUCAGCAUUUUUGAUAUUUCAGCCUUUAUCUGUGUUUAUUAAUAAAUACUUGUAUGCAUCCAAAAUCCAGUGUUCAUAGCUUACAAUUGUAGCAGACCUUUGUUUGCUGUGGACUCUUCAUUUAUUCUGAAGUUUCAGAGCAAUAUUUUAUCAAAAGAAUAUGGAUUCUCUGUUUUGGCCUCUGCUAGGUGUCAUGCCCUUCUUAUGUUGGAGUUCGCUUCUUUCCUACAUAGAAAUGUUUCAUUUUCCUGAAUAUUAAAGAAUGUUAUCUUCCUUUUUCAUUCCACCUCCCUCUGGCCUGCUGUUUGAUGUGCAUAAGCUGUAUGAAUUUCCUAGGGUUUGUUUUGUCUCUUGCAGCUUCAUGCAGGUUAAGUUUGUGCUCUGUUUUUCAUCCCAGUUACACUAUCAAUAAAAAAGCAGUUUAGUACCUCUAUUGUACAGCUGGUUUCUGCUGGCUCUGCUAUAUCACACUCUACUGUAGUUUUGUUUUUUUUUUUUCUGGAAUUAAACUUCUAAUGCUUAACUUAUGCUGCCUUAUUAUAGCGAAGCAUUGGCCUACUUCUGUAGCACCUCCUCAUCACUGUGUUGGGUUUGUAGCCCAUAGUAUUUACAAAGUUUGUAAAGUCUGUGUCUUGUGGCACAAACAGUUUUUGUUACCCUAAGAACCUAGAUCUUUAAGUGGGAGUUUAGUUCUUUUAUUUUCCAUGCAAGUAAGCAGGUACCAAGCAACUCACAGAAGUAGGUGGUUUGGGAAAAGAAUGGUUGUUUGUGUCAGAUACAGAUUUUUUUUUAAUCUCCUAUAUGGUAAAACCUUUGCUCAGUUGUAGUCACUAAUGGGACCAGAGUUCCAACUUGAAUAGAGAAAAAGUUGCUACCAGCUUACCUUUUUAGUACUUCAAUAUUCAGCACUUUAAAAUUAAAAAUACACUUCUAAAAAGAUUUUAAUUCUUUUUUGUUGUGUCUUGUUAUCUGUAAGUUGCAGAAGAGUCUUAGUUAAAGAUAUUACAGGAAAAAAUAUCAGAUUCUUUGUAGAGUAAUCAAAGAAUAAUUAGUUUUACAUAUUAAUUACCUUGAUAAUUUGUCCUCAUAAACAUUAUAUUUUUCAGGUUGAAACUCUAACAAAGGACUGCUACAUCUGGUCCGACUUCCUGCAGUGGAGGGAAUAAAUUUUGUUUUGGAAUGUUAAUCUUUAAACAAAAGGGGAUUAGUAUUCAGCUACCAUUAGAAUGUACUUGUGAGUAAUCAUAUGUGCAUCAGUGAAAAGGGUAAAUGCUUAGAAUUUAAGGAAGCUAAAGGACCAGAUCUUCUGUUCAGGAUAGGAGUUACAGCUUUGUAUUACCAGUUUUCUUUGUGCUCUGUUGACUUUGUGUGCUACAUGAACAUUUUCAUUAUCAAAAAUCAAAAUAUGAAGGCAUAAAUGAAACAGACUAAUUACAUUAAUAAACAUACUAGGAAACUUUUCAUUUCUUCAUUUGAAUGAGAAUUACCAGUUGCCACAAGGUGUGAUGGGGAGGCCUUCUGAUGAAAGGAGUCAGAGGAUGUUGUUUUUUACUUCCACACACCACCAUUCUAUCUACUCUAUGUUUUAAGGGAGGUUUUAUAUAAGUAAUUUUAAAGAAGACUUGAAAGUGGGAGUUUCUGUGAAAAAAAUGAGAGGGAUAGUAUUUGAUUCCUGCCUUACCUGGAAAUAUUUUUUUUUUUUGUAAGUAUAUGAUGAUGGACAAGGAUGAUCUCAGCAUUAGUAAAAAGACAAUGUGAAGAAGGAUGAAAGAUACGUAUUUACUAAAUAAAAUCUAUUAUAAUGUCCUUAUUUGAGAAUACUAAUGGAAUUGUUAUCUGGGAUGUGUCAUUCUUAUGAAAACCAAGUUGACAAAUAAAUGAUAUUUUUUAACAGGA